CACAGUCACACCUUUUCUCACGAGGCAUUGUCGCUCUUUAAAAUUAUUUUCGUCACUUCUUUUUAACGCGGGUUCUCUGAGAAGAAAGUUGUUGUGUCCUCUUCUGCACUUGACUUGAAGCGAGAGUCACUUUCGCUUUGCACCUCUUGACAAGAAGACUGUGAAAAAAUGGCACUCCGAAGCAGAGUUUACGUCGUCGGAGUCGGCAUGACCAAGUUUGAAAAGCCUGGCCGCCGUGAUGACUUCGACUACCCUGCCAUGGUGAAAGAGUCUGUGAGCAAAGCUUUGCAGGACGCCAACAUCAACUACACAACUGUCCAACAGGCCACAGUUGGCUACGUAUAUGGCGAUUCCACAUGCGGUCAGAGAGCUCUUUACGAGGUGGGAAUGACCGGCAUCCCCAUUUUCAAUGUCAACAACAACUGUUCCACUGGUUCGUCUGCACUCUUGCUGGCGAAGCAGAUCGUCGAGUCUGGAAAUGCUGAUUGUGUUUUGGCAGUUGGAUUUGAGAAGAUGGAGAGAGGCUCUUUGACUUCCAAGUAUAUGGACCGCACGAACCCCAUGGACAAGCACGUCGAAGUAAUGGCCGACGUGGCCGGAAUCAACGCCUCGCCGAUCACAGCCCAGAUGUUUGGCAAUGCCGGCCGAGAGCACAUGGAGAAGUUUGGCUCCAAACCUGAACACUACGCCAAAAUCGCUGAGAAGAACCACAAACACUCGUCCAACAACCCAUACGCGCAGUUCCAGGACAUCUACAGUCUCAAGCAGGUGAUGGAGGCGCCUGAAAUUUUCAGCCCGUUGACCAAACUUCAGUGCUCGCCGACGUCCGAUGGCUCCGCGGCUGCCGUGGUCAUGUCUGAGCGGUUCGUGUUGCAGCACGGUCUUCAGGCUAAUGCUGUCGAGAUUGUUGGCAUGGAAAUGGCCACUGACUUGCCCACCACCUUUUCAGAACAGAGCUGCAUGAAAAUGGUUGGUUACGACAUGACGAAAUUGGCAGCUGACCGUCUUUUCGCCAAAGCUGGCCUGAAGCCUCAGGACGUGGACGUUGUCGAGCUGCACGAUUGCUUUUCGGCUAACGAACUGAUCACGUAUGAGGCGCUUGGCCUAUGCCCGCCAGGAAAAGCGCACGAAAUGAUCGACAGGGGUGACAACACCUACGGUGGCAAGUACGUCAUCAACCCCAGCGGAGGACUCAUCUCUAAAGGACAUCCUCUUGGUGCCACUGGUAUUGCUCAAUGCGCCGAGUUGUGUUGGCAACUGCGAGGUCAAGCCGAUAGGAGGCAGGUUGCUGGUGCUCGUCUCGCUCUGCAGCACAACAUCGGUCUGGGUGGCGCUGUCGUCGUCGCUCUCUACAGGCUCGGCUUCCCCAACCAUAACAGAAUGAACAUCCGCCCGACCGCAGCCGUGGCCGACGGGCCGGCCGGCUUCAAGGCCACCAUCCUGUUCCAGGCGCUGGAACAGGCCAUGCAGGAGGAUAAUGAUAACUUGGUCGAAAAGUUCAGGGGCAUCUACGGCUUCAAGGUGAAGAACGGACCCGGCGGCAAGGAGGGCUACUGGAUCAUCAACGGAAAGACUGGAAAGGGCUCUGUCGAGUUCAAUGGAAAAGCCAAACCAGACGUAACCUUCACAAUUGACGAUGUUGACGUUGUCGACCUCAUGACUGGCAAGCUCAACCCACAGAAGGCCUUCUUCCAGGGAAAAAUCAAGAUUCAAGGCAACAUGGGCCUUGCGAUGAAAUUGCAGGAGCUGCAGAAAAGUGCGUCAGAUAAAAUCGACCAGUUCCGCUCAAAGCUGUAAUUUCCUAUGUUUAUUUCUUCGUGUCAAAACGGCUGUUAUGGGUCUUAUUUCUUGUUAGAAUUUCCAUAGAAUUCGUCACUUUUUAGUCAACAUUCCCAAAAAGUAUGUCAAUGUCAGCGAUGAAUGAGCAGAUUUUGUAUGAUUAAAAUUUAUGGUGUCUAUAUCUUUUACUGUUAAUUAUUAUAACGCGUCAUAAUUUUUAUACAGCUAUAAAGCAUGUGAUUUGUUAUCUAAUAAACUGUACGAAGUUUUAAAAUUUGGUAAA